AUGGACGAGUCGCUGGAUGGAAUCAGUGACCGUGGUAUGGUUGAGGCGAUUCUGCAGCAGCUGGAGUUGGUUAAGGUAUCCAUACAAGACAUCCACGGAAGGCUUUCUUGCCUGGAUGAUUUUCAAAGAGCUCUCACACAAUUGGAGCAAUCCCAUGAGUUGUUGCGAUGUCGAGACUCAGGCUUGGCCUCUGGAUCAAUUGACCUUUUCGGGGCCAGAAGACGGAAGUUGAUGGGUGAGGCCAAUCCCAAGAUAGGCGAGCGUUCUCGUUCCCAUACUUCCCAAAUUUCUUGGGAAAUGUCCAGCGCGCCCUCCAUGUACAAGAUGUUAGAUGUGCUUGAAGAGCAUACAGCAAUGCAGCUGCAGAAGCAGCUGAGGAGAAACUCUACGCGUGGACUGGAGGAUGAAAGAGCUGUGGGACCUGCAGAGCAAGCGGAGCCCAGGGCAAAAACUAUCGGUCACCAGCCGAGUUCCUUUGACAACUCUCCGCGUCACUGCGUCAGUCCACAGCUGGGAUCCAGCUCUUUCUCAUCUGUUUCUGUAGCUUCACCUGUCAAGGCUCAGGCUCCAAAGACCCCGACACACUCCAGACCAAAUCUUGCCCAGCCCAAUGAGAAUCACGAAGUCGUGCGCCUCUGCCGGAGGAAGUCGCUUGACGAGCUUCAGGCAAAGCAUAAUGCAGCCAUCACAGCACCGACAGCAAUCACGCAGCCAAUAGGUGAUGUUUGCAGUAGCAUGGAUGUGGCUCCAAUGGCAGGUUUCCGCACUGUCCGUUCAAACAUGGACCGGACAGUUCUGCCUCCCCUUGGCUGGUUCUUUCUAUGUUUUACGGGUCUCUUGGAUGGCUUGGACGGGAGGACAUGGCGUGGCCUUGCACAGUUCAGCCUCUUCUUGCAGCUGAUGAUUGUUUGCCUUCUGUCUUUUCAUCUCGCCGUUUGGCAAGGCACCUCUCAGGAGGUAAAGCCUUGUGUAUGGAUUAUUUUGUACUUGCUCGGCACCUUGGUGGCUGCGGUCAGCCUUCGCAGGUCAAAGAUCAGCACCCUCCUGGGACCAGCAGAUUAUCCGCUGGACGACUAUGCAAACGAGUGCGAAUUUUGGGAUGAUUGGAGGAAGCUCUCCAGGCACCGACUCUUGCAAAUCUGCGGAGUCUUCUUCGUGAUGCUCGCUAGCCGUGCUGCUGCGCUUGUAUCCGCAGGCCACCCCAGCUUUGGCGGAAGGCUUGAUGCUCCCAGGUUUGAUGCAGCGAUGAUGGUUGCAUUUACAGUGAUGGCACUUUGCUACUCCGCCGCCUGCUAUUGUACGCUUCACGUGACCGCUGGCCUGGAGUUGGCCGUGGACAGCUUCGCAAUGCGUUGCUUCAAGACUGGUGACAUGGAGGUGGCUGUUCUGGAAUGGAACGUGGUCCAGGCCACCUUGCGACAAACCUCCUGCAAGCUGAGCGAGUUUUUAGGGGUUCUGGCCACAUCCUGCAUCAGUUCAGUCAUUCUGUUUGCAUCUCAAUGUUUUUCGAUGAACAAUUUAAAUUUGCACUACACGACGUUGGACGUCGUCCUAUGGCUUGGUUGGCUAUUCCCACCCCUGUUACUCUUUUUGUACACGUUAUCAAGUGCUGCAGCGGUUACUGAAAAGGUUGACCGCUUGGCACCACUGGUGAACUCAUGGUUUUUUGUCGACCAAGACAUUUUGGACGGUUCCAGGCAGUACCUAGUGCAGUAUAUUCUGUACAGCCGGGCAGGUUUCUAUACUAGAGGAAUCCGAGUCACCGCCUUCAACGUACAAAAAAUCUGCUAUUACUUGGCAGCUGGAUCAUUUGGCCUUUUGACUAAUUUCUGGCAGUAG